GUCUUGGCCCUCUUUCAAAAGGUCGGCUAUAUCCCGGAGUCUGGGAAAGAGAGCGAGACUGCUGGGACGAACUUGAAGACUUUGCUUGGUUUUGCGGUUCGCAGGGAACAGGAUGACAAAAACAUCAGGAAAAUGUUCAACAUGAUCCGCAAGCUGAAGAAGGGGGAAGUCGUCCGGAAGCCUUUUGUUGGUGAAGAGUCCGAGGAUACAGAGGACAACGCAGAGGAGCAGGAGGAAGAGGAGGAGGAGGAAGAGGACGAAAUGGAGGAGAACGGGGCUUCGGAAAAGGCAUGUGCAAAGGGAACGGAAGGCGAUGAAGCUGAUGACACGACAAAGGAAGGAGGAGAGGAAGAGAAGAAAACCAAUGAUCCAAUAGUGGAGCCAUCCCCAGCAAAGAAGCCGGCAACCGCCUCUGCAGCACCUAAAAAGCAGCCGAAACUGAUCCCAUUGCCGGCCCCACCAGCACCAGGAAGGAACAAAGGAAAAGCGUCCACCCCAGAGCCGGAGAAUAGCUUCCCGGAGAUUGCCCCCCAUCCCGAUGCUGCUGGGUCCGGCCGAUCUCAAGCGCAGAAGGAGUUGGAUGACGCAACGGCCGAGAUUCGAAGACUCGAAAAUGAGCUUGGUGUGCACCUUGUGAUUUUCAGCAACAAUUAUUACGAGAAACCUACGUUGACGCCAGAGGAGCAGCACGAGCUCCGAAAGGCGCUGAAGCGAGGUAAGUCGCGCACAGGGGGUGGCCAGCAGAAGAAGCCGGCCGCGAACACACCGAUGAAAAAGCCUGCUGCAGUUGCAGACAUUGACAUGGAUGGCGUCGAGCAAGGCGCACCGAGCGAGCCGGAGGAGGAGGAGGCAGUUCUUAAGAAGCCUUCAAUGAAGGCGGACCACAAUGGAGUGAAGCCUUGCAAGAAGCCUGCAGCCAGAAGGGCGGAACGGGUCAAUGCGAAUCCCGACGAUGGAAUUUUUGCAAGGCGUCGCCCGCCAAAGGUGAAGCAGACAUACAUGAAGUGGUGUGCGAUUCGAGACGUUUUCUUUCAGCACGUCGAGCCGCAUGUGACGCAGCAAUCGCAGAAGCAGGUGCCUUCUGGUGACAUCAACGGUGUCUCGCUGAUGCAGCUGGAUUGGAGUGACUUGUGGGAAGAUGCCCAGAUGCCAGAGGUCAUUCGUUACUUGUACGGAUGCAAAGACUUGCUUGUGAAGCUUCCUCAGCCCCUUAAGGACAAGGUGGCUAGUGGCCUAGCAUGUGCAGUAUAA